AUGUCCCAUCAAACAUCAAUCAAAUUAAGCGACGGCACCACCAUUCCACAGCUCGGGUUCGGGGUGUAUAAGGUUGACACCAAAGAUGCUGUUGAUUCGGUGUACCAUGCGUUGAAAGUUGGGUAUCGUCACAUUGACACCGCUGAAGCGUACUACAAUGAGCUUGAGGCCGCCAAAGCCAUCAAGAACUGGAUUGAAGAAGACCCAGUGAACCAUAAGCGCGAAGAUAUUUACUUCACCACCAAGAUCUCCCCCAAGAGAAUCAGCCACUCUGAAGCCGCCGCGAGUAUCAAGGACCGAGUUGCGAUUGUCAAUCCGUUGAUCGGCUACAUUGAUUUGGUACUCCUUCAUGCGCCAAUGGGGUCACCAGAAGACAGAGUUGGGGCGUACAAAGCUUUGGAAGAGUAUAAGACCGCACAUCCGCAAGCCGUCAGAUCAUUCGGAGUGUCGAACUAUGGCGUGAAGCAUAUCAAGGAGUUGCUUGAUAGUGAGCCUAAGUUCCAUCCAGUGGUUAACCAAAUCGAAUUGAAUCCUUGGUUGACACGUAAAGAAAUUGUUGAUUAUUGCGAGGCUCACGGGAUUGCCAUGCAGGCGUACUCACCAUUAACCAGAGGUAUCAGAGUCACCCAUCCAGAGAUCACCGCCUUGGCAAAGAAGUACGGUAAGACCAAUGGGCAAAUCUUGAUUAAAUGGUCAUUGCAACAUGGCUUCAUUCCUUUGGCUAAGUCUGUCACCCCAUCAAGAAUUGAAGAGAAUUUCCAAGUAUUUGAUUUCGAAUUGAGUGAUGAGGAUUUCAAGGCAUUGACCCAUGAUGAUUUAUACUGGGUGUCACAUCCUAACUGGGAUCCAAGUAAGCUUGACUAA